UUUGCAGUUGGUUGGUGGAUCAUGAUUGACACUGCUGUCAACUAUCCAAGCAGUGCUGAGCUCAAUCACGUGUUCCAUGUCUGUGGAGUUGUCAGUACAGUUGGGUUCAUUUUGUUGAACGUUGUUCCUUUAUCAGCUGUUAGAGGUGAUGAAGAUGAUGAUUCUUGCAGCAAUGCUGGUUACAAAGCAUUGUUCUUUUUUAGCUGUGUGUCUUUGUUUGCUUCAGUAAUAGUUUCAUCAUACAUACUUUUUGGAGUCUACAUUGUGACAGGCAAACAUCCUGUAUGGCCAGGCAUUGCUGUCUUCCUACAAAAUGUUUUCAUAUCUAUUGGGUUUGUUUGGAUUUUUCAAAUAAAAUUCACAAUUUCUUAA